AUGGCUUAUUGGCGUGACUACAUCAUUGCCUCGCGUCUCCUAAACAUUCAGAAGGCCAUAGGGAUUAUGAGUGAAACUUUAAAUGCGAAAUGUAAAAUUUUGUGGCCAGAAGUUGUCCAUGAUUAUAAGGGUUUCUCUCCUGGUGAAGUCCAUCACUCGGCGGUCAAUGAGGCCGUGAAGCUAGCAAAACUACCCGGAGGAGACGGCUUCGACGAUAUAAAUCCUGAAGACAUUAAUGACCUGAUAAAUGCCCAUUCACAGCCGUUGACGGACGAAGAUCUGAUGGGGAUGACAAAGUCAGCAAGCGAGGAAGAGGAACAAGGGAUUGAAGAAGAAGAUGAGGUUGGCCUAACACUCGAUCGCCUUACAACCAUGAUUAGAAUGGCCAGAGAACCUCAGCGAGUGGCUCAAGGAUGGGACUCCCAGAUUCUUCACUCGUUGCAGUUUUCAAAUAUAUUCGAGGGUGGCAUGUCGGUUUAUAAAAACCUUCUCGUUAGAAAAAAACAGCGCCAGCAGCAACUCCCCAUGACUAUGCUCCUCACUCGGAAGAAAACACCAGUUACGCCUGCAUCUUUAGAGAAAACAGAAGCAAGGGACGAGAGCGAAAAGACUGCACCUCCUGAUGAAGUUGCGCCUUCAGAACAGCUGUAA